AUGAAUACUAAAGAACUUCUUGAUAAAAAGUUAUCCGGUUUAAAUAUCAAAUCCAUUGAUUUAUCAAAUGAUUUUGCUGAUAAAUUAGAUACUACUUUUGACUAUAAAAAUGAUGUUUUGUCAGAGUUUAAUAAACUCAGAGGUUAUCCCAAAAAGAAUAGUAAGUUUGCUGAUAGCAGAUAUGCUGAUAAACCCAGAAUGCAAACUUAUUAUUACAAUCGUCCUACUCCUCAAGAUGUUUUAAUAGAGGAACGUGAUUGGAAUCAGACUAAUACGUCUUAUAGUGGUUUUACUGGUCAACUUCGUGGCUGGUGGGACAAUUAUUUGACUCUAGAAGAAAGGGCAAUGGUUAUUAAUGCUACAGCCUCUGACGAAGGAGUUGAUAACUUAGGCAUGGCCCUAGUGGCAAAUAGAGAAGAUGUCGUUUACACCCUUAUUCUUACUAUAUUAGAACACUUCAACGGUAGAUUUACCAACCAACAUGAAACAGUUCGUACUCUCCUUAAUGGUCUUAGAUGUAGGACCUUAGGUGAAUUCAGAUGGUAUAAGGAUACCUUUAUGAGUAGGGUUAUGGAACUACCCGAAAAUAAAUUUGACCAUUGGAAAGCAAAGUUUAUAGAUGGCCUUCCCUCCUUAUUCGCUGAAAGAGUUAGAAAAACUCUAAGAGGUAGUUAUGGUGAAAUCCCGUACAACGAUUAUACCUAUGGUAAGAUGAUAGGAAUUUGCACACAGGAAGGGUUAAACCUGUGCAAUGAGUUAAGAUUGUCCAGACAACUUAAAAUGGAUAAGCUUAAGGAAAAAUCCCAGUUAGGAGAUUUUUGUACCCAGUUCGGUCUACCCGAGACUUCUACUCAUAAGAAGAAAAAACAUAAGUAUCAUAUAUACCCUAACCAAGACAGUCCUUAUAGGAAAAAGAGAUCUAGAUAUAGAUCCAAAGAAGAACGAGAAGCCAAGAAAGCCCAUCGCAAAUCUACUAGAUUUACCAAAAAUAGGUCUAAGCGAGAUCUUGCUGACAUUAAGUGUUACAAGUGUGGUAAAUUUGGCCAUAUAGCCCCUAAUUGUAAGCUUCAAAAGCUGAAAACCUUAGAACUAGACAAUGAGUUACGUGAUAAGGUUUAUGGUUUGUUAUACACUUCUAGAUCAGAAUCUGAUUAUUAUUAUUCUGAGUCAGAAUCCGAAGCUGAAAUAGAUCUACUUGAUUUAUCUGAUAGUGAUAAAAAUAUUGAUAAUACUUGUACAACUUGA